GUGAACUGGUCGUUAUUAACGCAUCAAAUGCCGUAAAACAGCGAGCACUUUCGCAACGUAUCCACGACGAGACGGCUGCCAUUACUGUCUUCUCCUACAGCGGUGAAACACACUGCUAAUAUCCUUCCGCGUUUUUGCUCCUUAGAGGGGGAGGGGGAUUUGGGAAAAAAACACCCACAUUUUAGUCAAAGUCCACCAUUAAAAAUAACAUUAACACACACGCGAUUGUGACAUGUGCGUAUAGUUAUUUUUCAGUGGUUGCUUGCGGUGUUUAGUGAUCUAAACCGUUUCAUGCGCACUACACUUGGCGCCGAGCGGAGGAGCACGUCAAGUGGAGCCGGGCCUGUUUUCUGUGGUGUUGAAUGGAGGCAGCCUCUUCCUGGUGGAUAAACAGUGACAGCUACAGGGCAGCUACCGACACCGAGCGGCCCGGCUCCGGCGCUGCUGCCCUCCUCGACAAAACAUGGCUUCGGAUAGUCAUCACAUGGCACGGCUAACUUCUGAGCUCUACUUCCUAAUCGCCCGUUUUCUGGAGGCAGGGCCGUGCCAAAAAGCAGCCCAGACGCUGAUAAGGGAGGUGGAGGAUCAGGAGCUGCUGCCCAAAAGGCAGGACUGGACCGGGCAGGACCACCCCGGGACAUAUGACAAUUUGGUGAAGCUUCACCAGCACAUCACUCCAGACCACCUGCUGCAGGUGUGCUCCAGAGUGUGUCCUCUGCUCGAGCGGGAUGUCCCGGCCAGCAUUCCGGGACUUACCAGCCUGCUGGGGGCCGGCAGACAGAAUCUUCUCCGCACCAAUAAGAGUUGCAAACAUGUAGUAUGGAAGGCUUCAGCACUGGCUGCACUUCACUGUGGACGACCACCAGAGCCCCCCAUCAUCUAUGGGAGCCCACCUAACAUCGUGGAGACAUGUCACGGCCGUCGACUGAACGGCUCCUACCGCCUGCAGCAGUUGGUGCCGACCGCUGUCUACCAGCACAUGAAGAUGCACAAGAGGAUCCUGGGACACCUGUCGUCCGUCUACUGCGUCACCUUCGACAGAACGGGACGCCGCAUAUUCACUGGCUCUGAUGAUUGUCUGGUGAAGAUCUGGGGGACAGAUGACGGGCGUCUGCUGGCGACGCUCCGGGGCCAUGCCGCCGAGAUCUCCGACAUGGCAGUCAGCUACGAAAACACAAUGAUCGCCGCCGGAUCCUGCGACAAAACCAUCCGAGUGUGGUGCUUGCAGACGUGCGCGCCCUUGGCCGUCCUGGAGGGCCAUGCGGCGUCCAUCACCUCGCUGCAGUUUUCUCCUUUGUGUAGCGGCUCCAAGCGCUACCUGUCCUCCACGGGUGCUGAUGGCACCAUCUGUUUUUGGCAGUGGGAUGCACGCACACUCAAGUUUGGUCAGAGGCCCAGUAAAUUCACAGAGCGUUCCAGACCCGGCGUCCAGAUGAUGUGCUCGUCCUUCAGUGCAGGUGGAAUGUUCCUGGCCACGGGAAGCACUGACCACAUUAUCAGGGUCUACUACUUUGGUUCAGGACAACCCGAGAAGAUCUCAGAGCUGGAGUCCCAUACAGACAAAGUUGACAGCAUCCAGUUUUCACACUGCAGUGACCGGUUUGUGAGUGGCAGUCGGGAUGGCACAGCGCGAAUUUGGCAGCUGCAUCCGCAGGGCUGGAGGAGCAUUCUGCUGGACAUGCAGACCAAAUUGCCAGGGAAGUACAACCCACCUCCGCUGGAAGACAAGGUGACCAAGCUGAAAGUUACCAUGGUGGCGUGGGAUUGCCACGAUGGUACGGUGAUAACGGCAGCCAACAAUUUGACACUGAAGGUGUGGAAUUCCAUCAGCGGAAACCUUGUCCACAUCUUGAUGGGUCACGAGGAUGAGGUGUUUGUCCUGGAGCCGCACCCCUUUGAUCCCAGGAUCCUUUUCUCAGCGGGGCAUGACGGGAAUUGCAUCGUAUGGGACCUGGCCAGAGGAGUCAAAAUACGCUCCUAUUUCAACAUGAUUGAGGGGCAAGGGCACGGGGCGUUGUUUGACUGCAAGUGUAGUCCAGAUGGGCAACAUUUUGCCGCCACCGAUUCCCAUGGUCACUUGCUCAUUUUUGGCUUUGGCUCUAGCAGCAAGUACGACAAGAUCGCCGACCAGAUGUUCUUCCACACCGACUACCGUCCGCUGAUUCGCGACGCCAACAACUACGUAUUGGACGAGCAGACUCAGCAGGCACCCCACCUCAUGCCCCCUCCCUUCUUGGUAGACGUGGACGGUAACCCCCACCCACCGAGAUAUCAGCGACUGGUGCCCGGCAGGGAGGGCUGUAGGGAUGAGCAGCUCAUACCGCAGAUGGGUGUCACCUCCUCAGGUCUUAACCAAGUGGUCAGUGAGCAGGCGGCGGACAGUCCCAGUCCCCUGGACACCAUGAUCCAGAGACUGCAGCAGGAACAGGACCAAAGACGAGUCUCCAAUGAGACACCUGUUCUUGCUGCUCAAGCGCCAGCUGCUGCUACUGCAAGCACCCGAGUCAGCAGAGGGUCGGUUGGUUCUCCAACAGAAGUCCACUCUCCGCCCAACGUGGGCCUCCGUCGCAGCGGGCAGAUUGAAGGCGUCCGCCAAAUGCACAGCAACGCCCCUCGCAGCCAGAUGGCCACCGAGGGAGACCUGGUGGCCUGGAGCCGCAGGGUACUGGUGCCCGAGCUGGAGGACGCUUCUGUCAGGAGACAGGUCAACUGGCGAGAGGCUAAAGGGGAGGAAGAGAUUAAUAUUUACCAGUUGGAGCGCCGGAGACGCACAAUCCACUCUCUACCUAAGGAGAGCAGAGCUAAUCCCACAUCAGAGUGUGUAGCUGACGAGGGGAGACGGAGUCAGGGUAACCAUGGUUACCAGACCCGGGCUGCCAUGGAGGAGACAAGCCGCCAGAGCGCAGAGGCUGCUGACGAUGACGAGAGCACCUCUGAGGGCGAAGGUGCGGAGGUGCGGCAGAUAAACGGACAUUCGUCAGAGGAAGAGAAGGAAAAGGACAGAGAAGAAAAAGAGCCAUGGCCAGAUGAUCACAGCAGUUCAAGCGACUACUCCAGCGAUUAUUCAGACUGGACGGCCGACGCCGGCAUCAACCUUGAGCCGCCUAAGAAGAGCGUAAAAGUGAAAAAGAAGAGUAGCAGUUCCGAGGAGGACAGCGACAAGAAGAGGGACCCCAAGAAGGAACGCAAACAAGACAAAGCCGACAAGGACGGCUCCUCACCAAAAAAUAAGCCAAAGGAGAAGAGAAAGAGGGCGGAGCUUCAGGAGCAAGGACUGACCCUGGAAGAGUGGCUCCCCUCCUCCUGGAUCACAGACUUACUCCCCCGCAGGUGUCCUUAUAUUCCCCAGAUGGGAGAUGAGUUGUACUACUUCCGCCAAGGCCACGAGGCUUAUGUGGAGAUGGCCAAACAGAAGAAGAUUUACUGUAUCAACCCUAAAAAGCAACCCUGGCAUAAGAUGGAGAUGCGGGAGCAAGAGCUGAUGAAGAUUGUCGGUAUUAAGUAUGAGGUAGGCUUACCUACGCUGUGCUGCCUCAAGCUCGCCUUCCUUGACCCGGACACCGGAAAACUUACCGGAGGAUCCUUCUCUAUAAAGUACCAUGACAUGCCGGAUGUCAUUGACUUCCUGGUGUUGCGUCAGCAGUUUGACAACGCCCGGAAGAGGCAGUGGAGUAUAGGUGACAGGUUUCGCUCUGUGAUCGACGACGCCUGGUGGUUCGGGACCAUCGAGAGUCAGGAACCGUAUCAGUCACAGUAUCCCGACAGCCUGUUUCUCUGCUACAGUGUCUGUUGGGAUAACGGAGACACCGAAAGGAUGAGCCCAUGGGACAUGGAGCUCAUUCCUGAUGAAGCCUCCUUCCCAGACGAGUUGGGCACGAGUGUCCCGCUCACCGAGGAGGAGCAUCGGGAGCUCCUGUACGUGCCACUAGAUGGUGAGUGGGGCUGCCACACGCGCGCAGAGGAGUGCGAGCGCGUCAUCAAUGCCAUCGACCAGCUCUGCACCCUGGACAUUGCGGCGCCAUUUGCUUUUCCUGUGGACCUGCAAGCUUACCCCACGUACUGCACGGUGGUGGCCUACGUCACUGACCUCAGCACCAUACGCCAAAGACUCGUCAACCGCUUCUACAGACGAGUGUCGUCUCUGAUGUGGGAGGUCCGUUACAUCGAGCACAAUGCCCAGACGUUUAACGAGCCGGGGUCCUUCAUCGUCACCACAGCCAAGUUUGUCUCUGACCUCAUGCUACAGUUCAUUAAGGACCAAAGUCUGACAGACCUUAUGCCACUCUACAAAAGCAUGAAGAAGGCCACCUUCUCCGACUCCGAAGACGAGGAUGAGGAAGAGGUGGAUGAAGAUAAUACCACACCUGGAACCUCUGCACAAAACCACAAGGGGAGGCGGCCGAUGCAACGCCAGCUUCGGACCCGGCCUCACGCGUACAACCCACAAGCGUGGCGAGGACGCUGCAAGGAGCUUCUGGACCUUAUCUUUCAAUGCGAAGACUCGGAACCCUUCAGAGAACCUGUGGACCUGCAGGAAUACACGGAUUACCUCCAAAUCGUGGACUCGCCUAUGGACUUUGGCACUGUCCUCAACACGCUAGUUGAAGGAAAGUACCAGUCGCCUAUUGAGCUCUGCAAAGACGUCCGCCUUAUUUUCAGCAACUCCAAAGCGUACACGCCUAGCAAGAAGUCAAGGAUCUACAGCAUGAGUCUGAGGCUCUCUGCGCUCUUUGAGGAGCAUGUGAGCUCCAUCUUAGCGGACUACAAGGCCAUCCACGGCCUAUCAGACAAACUGACUCGACGGUCGGCCGAGCGCCAGAAUCGGCAGGCAACCGACCGGCCCACGCGGCACAACGUGAAGAGGCGGCGCCGCAGUGAGUCUCCCACCAGCAGCACAGCAUCAAGCCCAGAGAGGAAGAGGCGGGUCUCGUCUCGCGUGAUGAGCCGACGGGAGCCGUCGCCUCCCUUGCGGCCCCUCUCACUGAGACAAACCCGUGAAGCCGACGCCACAACUAGUCAACGGUAAGACGGACACGCAGACAGCGGGGCGCACACGCAGCGCCGCACGCCACCUUACACACUCGCUGCUGUCGUCGCACAACGUCACUGGCCAGACGGCGAAUG